UGAAGGUUGUCUGUGAGUAGUUUUCUUGGCAGUUUGCAGAUUCUCUCCCCUUGGACGAUUUCUUCGUGUGCACAGUUCAAUGCACAUGCAACAGAAAAUUAUUAGUCGUAGUAAAAUAUAAGUAUAUACUCAUCGCUUAUUCUUUAUCGAGUCUUUAGCCAGACGACUUGUCCAUGACCUGCAAUAAAAUUUGCACGCACGUACGUACUGUCCUUUUCCUGCAGCAAAAUAAAAUCUCAUGCCAAAAUUAUGCAUAUAAACAUCAUGUUGAAAAAACCUUAUAUGAUGAACGGAGGUAGUAGUAAACUAGUCCUAUUGUGGAUUAACAUCAUGACUGUGCAAGUGCAACCCCUUUUUGCCAAGUGAUAUUCAUGCAGCUUGCAAGAGACUGACGGAGAAAUGCUAUAGCUUGAUGGCUUGACCCGGCCAAGACCAUGCAUGCAUGAGGCGGCCGCCGAUGAGCUCACCUGGCAUCGUCACGUCCAUGACGCCUUUGCAUUGCAGGGUCACAUCUAAGCCGGGGCCCCGCGCGCGACUCCAUGUCCUCCCCACUUCCUCUCCCUCCCACGGUAGCUCUCGCCCUCAUCAUCUUUACUUUUCCACCCUAACUUCCCACCGGAUGCACCAAUAAAAACUAAACUGGAGCACCCAGCACCCUACCCUACCUACUCUCAAGCUACGGGCUGGCCGACUACAGCUCUUCUGUUGCCUCCUUGCCAGCAUGACAUCCCACAACGGCGGCCGCUCGUCGGAGCCGCCCCCGCCGCAGGCAGCGCUGUACGACGACCUGGUCGGGGUGCGCGAGCGCGCGGUGAUGCUCCAGACCGUGUUGCAGGGGUCACCGGUCGGGGACGCCGGGGAGCUGAUGCAGGGGAUGAUGACCAGGCUGUCGAGCGCGUUCUCGAGGCUGGGCGCCAACGGCGGUGGCGUGGUUGCAGCAUCAGGGGCAGGCAGUGCAGCGGCGACAGCAUCAGGGGCAGGACGGCGACCGGGCGGGAGGAGGACGAGAGCAGGUGCGGCGGCCGGGCCGGUCCGCCGGAGCAGCGGCUCGAGGAGAAGGUCGAAGAGCCCUUUUAUCAAGACGGAGACUGUUACGACUCCGGAGGAUGGGCAGUCAUGGAGGAAGUAUGGACAGAAAUUCAUACAUAAAUCCACUAACCCGAGGAGCUACUACAGGUGCACGCACAAGCACGAUCAAGGCUGCAAGGCCACGAAGCAGGUGCAGAAAUCCGAGUCCAACCCCUCUGAGUUCGUCAUCAGCUACUUCGGCGAGCACACCUGCAAGGACCCCUCCACCCUGCACCUCGAAGGCGCCGCCGCACCGCCGGAUCACUGCGCAAACCUCAUCGAUUUCUCAUCCAUCAAUAAUGGCACCGCCGCCACCGCAAGCACGAGCGCUUUUCCUCAUUCCAUGCUCUUCCCCGGCAUCAGCUACAGCUCCUUGCCGGCUCAGGGGUUGCCGGCUUUCUGCGAGAAGCUUACCCAGGCCGCCGCUGACCAGGUCGCUGCCGAGGAGGGCCAGAGGAUGGCGGCGACGGUGCCGUUGACUGUGGGGUCAGCGCCGGCAGAGUAUUGGCCGGCGCCUGGUGAGGUGGAUGCUGUUGAUGCAGGCAUUAGUAGCUUCCCUUCGUCGCCGAGCAGCCUCGGAUUCACAGGCUCGUUUGGAUCCUUUGGCGACGACGACCUGUUUGGCUUCGAUUCCUGACGAAGACGUGCCUGAUGCAUGCAUUCAGACUUGCUUCUGUCGUGCCUGAUGCAUGCAUUCAGACGUGCUCCUGUCGUGCCUGAUGCUGGCUUGUAAUUUUGCAUGCAUUGUGUAAUGUGAUAGUACUAUUACACAUAUAUUUGCUAUAUGUACUGAUGAACAUGUAUUUGCUAUAUGUACUGAUGAACAUGUAUAUUAAUUAGUUGCAUGUGAUCACAGACGACGGCUCAUUACAUCAAGGACCCGUCGGUGAUAAGGGUGUGUUUGUAGUAGUGUCGAUACGUUUGCAUUAAUAUAUUUCGUAAACAGGUGUACAUUAUUAUU